CCUCUUAUUCAAUAUAUGUUCUAAAAAAUCUCUCUGCUCUUAUAAUAUUUCUAUCUCUGUUCUUUCACACUCUGUUUUCAGAAAAUUCAAAAAAUAUUUCUCUUUCUCUUCUUAUUUCACUUAUAUAAUUUGAUGCAUACCUCUAGAGCCCUGAUUUUUGAUGCAGUUUAAGAUUCAUGACUCCAGUAAUCAGUGAAGUCCUUCUUUCUGGUUUUACGAUUAACUCAACGCUUCGUCGUGGAACUCAUCUUGUUCAAUCCUUCUCUGUUGUCUUCCUUUACUGGUUCUACGUGUUUUCAUGAAAAUACUCUGUUUCCUUCUCACUAGCUAAAGUUAAACUCUUCGAUUCUAAUUUAGCUAUUACUACUCAUACUUAUUUAGUUAUAACGCGUUAAACUACAAGUAUUAUGGCUUCUCCUAGUGGAAAUUCUUCGUCAGGGUCAGAGGAUCUACAGCAAUUAAUGGAUCAAAGGAAACGCAAAAGAAUGAUAUCGAACAGGGAAUCAGCAAGAAGAUCGAGAAUGAAGAAGCAGACACAUUUGAAUGAAUUAACGUCUCAAGUGAAUCAACUGAAGGAACAAAAUAAUCAAAUUGUGAGUAACAUAAAUAUGGUGAGUCAGGUUUAUUUGAAUGUGGAAGCAGAGAACUCUGUUCUGAGAGCACAAAUGGCAGAGUUGAGUCACAGGCUACAGUCUUUAAAUGAGAUCAUAAAUUGCAUCAACUCAGCAAAUAUAACAAUGGAUGAAACAGAGGUUAAUUGUGAAGAUGAUUUCUUGAAUCCUUGGAAUUUGCUACAUGUGAACCAGCCAAUUAUGGCUUCUGCUGAUGCUUUCAUGUACUGAUUUAGUAUCAUUUUGGUAAUUGAAAAGUUAAUUUUUUUAAAAAGACAA